AUGACGGUUCGUGACCAUUUACCCGUCACGACACCAGCCCACUCGCGUGAGGCUCGUCUACCGAUCCCACUCACUCACUAUCCAAUUGACACUGCCAGUGCACCACGCAGCGAGGAAGUUAUCGACUCGACCGACCGACCGACCGACCGACCGAUCAAGCGACAGACGAACUCGACCAUGAAGAUCACCGCUCUCGCCAUCACUGCGCUAGCCACCGUAGCAAGCGUCGCAUCCGCUGACGACUACCAGCCGGCUCUCCGAGCACUUGCCGCACAGGAGCCAACUGCACCCAUUGCCGACACACUUGCUUCCGACCCGACCAAGCAACAAUCCUCUUCUCCUAACAAGGCGACUGCAAUGUAG